AGGAGAUCUGGGUCCAAGGGCGAGCGAGAACCCAAGACAACAGGAAACCUCCUUUUUGCUUCAGCCUUCUGCUGUCUUUACAGCUUUUGAGGUCCUGCCAUCAGCUUCUGCCAUUGAAGACUUGGGGUUGCAUCCCCGUUCACCGUGGAAGACCCUGCCAGGAGCGUGAGACUCUGGGCGACAGCUCUGAGGAUCGGUGGGACACACACGCCUCUCCACCCCGGCAAGGCCUUGCUCCAAGGCUGUGCAGGUGGUGAAGACAAAGCAGCGAUGAAGUUUUUGCUGGUUGCUUUGGUGGCCGCAGCCCUGUGGGCAAAGCCAGCUGACUCCUUGACUUGCUAUGUAUGUGAUAAGGAGAAGUCCAACUGGAGUUGUCUCAAGUCGCAGACGUGUGACAAGGAGGACAAGUACUGUGUCACAACGCACUCUACCGUGGGGCUCGGCAAGGACAAAGAGCCCCGCAUUAGCAAGUAUUGCUCUCCCUUGUGUCCCGAAACAAACCUGAACAUCGGCAUCGCCUCCUUUUCUGCCUCCUGCUGCGAGAGCUUCUUGUGCAACCUCAGUGGAGCCAGCAGCGUGAAAACCAGCUACACCGUGAUGGCCGCGGGCAUCCUGGCCAGUCUCCUCUAUGUCCUCAGAGCUGGGCUGUGAAGGUCCAGAAUAAAGGGGAUCCUGUGUAAAGGGAUCUCCAUCCCAUCUCCUCCGUGCAAAGGUUUCCAGGGGGUGAAUCCCCAGCCUCUGCCUGUAAGCUUAUCCUCAUGGCUACCUUGGCCCUCAGGCCAAAAUGAAUGUAUUUACCCCAUUCACCUCCACGUGGUUGCCCCCUUCCCCUUCACUCACCUGCCUUGUUUUCUCCGAGUGUCAUGUGCUGAACAGAAGCUGGACACAAUAAAGAUUUAUUAUUUUU